CUUUGGCUGUGGAUUCUGGGAGAACAGCCAUUUUUCGUCUCCCAGCUGUCACAUUUGAAGCACAUCUUCGAUAACAUCAGUUUUUUUACUGAAUAAAAGUUUUUGUGGGGAUGACCAGUCAGUAACGGCCAACACUGUGGACACAUUUAAGAGCUUUCUUGCUGUCCUCCAUUGUCAAGUGACAGUCUGGUGUAUAUGAAACCAGGCAAUGUCCACCAUGGUGUAUCCACGUGAAGAAGCCCUGGAGCGACUGAGCCAGGAUGAGAUUGUCCUCAACACUAAGGCCGUCAUGCAGGGCUUGGAGGCGCUGCGUGGCGAACAUGCCCAGCUCCUCAACUCGCUGCUGGACUGCACCCAGCCACCCGCCGCCCAGGAGAAAUCUGGGCUGCUCCGCAAGAGUCUGGAGGCCAUCGAGCUGGGCCUGGGAGAGGCGCAGGUGAUCAUCGCCCUGUCGAGCCACCUGAGCGCCGUGGAGUCGGAGAAGCAGAAGCUGCGCGCUCAGGUGCGUCGGCUCUGCCAGGAGAACCAGUGGCUGCGGGACGAGCUGGCGGGAACGCAGCACAAGCUGCAGCGCAGCGAGCAGAGCGUCGCCCAGCUGGAGGAGGAGAAGAAGCACCUGGAGUUCAUGAACCAGAUCAAAAAGUUCGACGAUGACGUCUCGCCCUCGGAGGAGAAGAGCCAGACCUCCGGUAGCGGCGGUGGUGGAAGUGGAGGAGGAGACACUUCAAAGGACAGUCUGGAUGACUUGUUCCCCAACGAUGAUGACCAGGGACCAGCCCAGCCCAGCGGAGAGGUGGCAGCCCAGCAGGGAGGCUACGAGAUCCCGGCCCGCCUCAGGACACUCCACAACCUGGUGAUCCAGUACGCCUCGCAGGGGAGGUACGAAGUGGCCGUGCCGCUGUGCAAACAAGCCCUGGAGGACCUGGAGAAGACGUCUGGACACGACCACCCUGACGUAGCCACCAUGCUCAACAUCCUGGCCUUGGUGUACAGGGAUCAGAACAAGUACAAAGAAGCAGCUCACCUCCUGAAUGACGCCCUGGCCAUCAGAGAGAAGACACUGGGGAAGGAUCAUCCAGCUGUGGCCGCAACCCUCAACAACCUGGCUGUUCUGUACGGGAAGAGGGGCAAGUACAAGGAGGCUGAACCUCUCUGCAAGAGAGCGCUGGAGAUCAGAGAGAAGGUGUUGGGGAAGUACCACCCAGAUGUAGCCAAGCAGCUGAACAACUUGGCCCUGCUGUGUCAGAACCAGGGCAAGUACGACGAGGUGGAGUACUACUACAGACGAGCCCUGGAGAUCUACGAGUCCAAACUGGGAGCUGAUGACCCCAACGUGGCCAAGACCAAAAAUAACCUGGCUACGUGCUACCUGAAGCAGGGGAAGUUCAAAGAUGCUGAGGCACUGUACAAAGAGAUCCUGACCAGGGCACAUGAGAAGGAGUUUGGAUCUGUCAAUAAUGACAACAAGCCAAUCUGGAUGCACGCAGAGGAGAGAGAGGAGAGCAAGGGUAAGCGCAAGGACUCUGGCCCAUAUGUAGAGUAUGGAAGCUGGUAUAAGGCCUGCAAGGUGGACAGCCCCACAGUGAACACAACACUCAAAAGCUUGGGAGCUUUGUAUCGUCGUCAGGGCAAACUGGAGGCAGCAGAGACACUGGAGGAGUGCGCCAGCAAGUCACGUAAACAGGGUAUUGAUGCCAUUAACCAGAGUAAGGUGGUGGAGCUGCUGAAGGACGGGGGAGCUGGAGGUAGCGACAGACGACAGAGCAGGGAAGGAAUCAAUGGGCCGGGGGGACAGCGGGGGGAGAACGAGGGUGACGACUCCGCUGAGUGGAACGGGGAUGGUAACGGGUCUCUGCGUCGCAGUGGCUCCUUCGGGAAGAUUCGUGACGCCCUGAGAAGAAGCAGCGAGAUGCUGGUGAAGAAGCUGCAGGGGAGCGGACCACAAGAACCCCGCAACCCAGGAAUGAAGAGAGCAAGCUCCCUCAACUUCCUCAACAAGAGCACUGAGGAGACCACACAGGAUGCCAACUCUGGACUCUCGGACUGCAGGGGACUAAGCGCCAGCAACGUGGACUUAUCCAGACGCAGCUCCCUGAUUGGCUAGACCAAGACAGGAGACGGGCUAGGGAGACGGAGAGCGGCCCGACGAGGAGAGGCUGUUUGCAGCUUGGUUUGAUCAAACAAACACACUUAAAGCUCAAAGCCAGAUCAAACACGUGCACCUGCAGCAUCUUUUUUAAAGAACACUGAAAAAAGCAUUACCACACUAAACGUCAUCCUGUAAGACGCAGUCGCUACUGCUUCGCUGUACAAACCGCUGCCCUUGAUCAGAAAAGAGAAUAUUUAGAUAUGCAUUAAUCAGCAUGCUGCUUACUAGGAAGUGGAAUGUCUGCACCUGAACGCCUCGUGUUUUUGACUCAUAGCACCGUAGCAAAGCACCUUAGCAAAGCAUCGUAUCCACAUCGUGGUGAGUCCGUUUCUUCGAUCUCCACUCUCAUGUGCAGACACUCAACCUUAAGUAGGCUAAAUGUACUCCGGUUUCAGUUCAGAGAGAAGCAUUGCACUCCGUAUAUUUCACCAGUAGCAUGAAGUGUGCUGAUGCUGACCACCCAUCGAAUGCAUAUCGCAGGUGUUAGAAAUGGUCUGAUCCGCUUCGGUUUUAUCAGAGAAAGCAGAGGUAUAAAAAGAGAAUACAAGCAAUCUUUGGGGAUUUUCGAAAAACAUUAGCACUAACCAUUUAAACCUCACUUUUUGCCUUCUUGUUUUUUGUGUAUAUACAGUUUUAAAUUAUUUAAUAUUUCAUUCUUUGUAUAUAGUGCACAUUUUUCUUUUUCUUUUUGUUUACACUUUAUUGGGUUAAAGAGGGUCUCAGUUGGGGAAAAUAGUACUUAUCUCCAGGGGGAUGACUGGAAAAGAAGGAAAGGAAGAGAAGGAGUGAAAGAAGGAAAGAUGGAAGGAAAUAUUGCAAUGGGCAAACGUCAAAAAUGCUGAUAAAUUUAGUACCUCAGUCACUGAAAUCUGCUGUUAUAAUGCACUUUGAGCGUGACAGGUGCCACAACAGUCAUUCUAGCGAGAAAUGAAAAAGGGCCUGAAAGUUAAAUUGAAAAUAAAUUCACAAAUAAAGCUCAGUCAUUUCUCUUAAGCCCUCCUAAAUAACUACCUAUGUGAUCGGAAGUUUAAUUAAACACUACAAUCAUUACUUUCAGGUACUUUUUCCACACUUUUGCCACAAAAUCCUUUUGCAUUUCCAGGCUUUUUACCAAACACCCAUACGUCUGAAUAAUAUUGCAGGAAAAUGCUGUGAAAGAUAUUUAAAUAUAAUUUGUUUACAAUCAUGAAACCAGGAUAUUCAAGGCAUAAUCAACCUUGAUUUAAAAAUAUGGCUAACUACCUUAAUUACAAUAUGUUUACUUUGAUUAACAGGAUUCCUCUUGUGAUUAUUUUUUUUUGUUGUUGUUGUUGUUUUCCCUCAUUUACUGUUGCUGAGUAUAUAUCAUUUUGUACAAAACAAUCCUCAGUGUUGUUAAUGCUGACUGGGAUGGAUUUCAUCAGUCGUAAUCAAACACUUGAAGAAAUCUGACUGAUGACCAUCCAUCCUCAAUGAUUUUUGUUGUGCUGAUGCGUUUUUCUGUUUUGGCUCCGAGGUUUUAUGUUGAAGGUACUGAAAACUGAUUAUUUGAAUGUUAAAUUUUAUGUCGAUCGUGGGGUCUGGUGGCAUUUACACUGGAUUUUUGUGUUGUGCUGUUUGCUCCACCAAAAUAAGACCAAUACCAAGAGAACUGUCCUCAGAAUGUACACGUCUUAUUGUGUGAAGUGACAUCACUUUCUCAACUGUGAUCAGAUUGUCAAGAAAUAGCUUUUUUCGCUUUCUUUUUUAAGUUUUGAUCUUAAAUUUCCUAAUACAAGAAAGCCAAAAAAGGUUCAUCUUGUCAACCUGAGUUUGAUUUAAAAAAUGGUAAGACGCAGGUUUGUUGUGAAGGCAUUUUGUCAACGAUGGUGCAUGCACACCAUGGCCAUAUACCUAAAUAACCUGCAGUCGCCCUUCUUGAAAUCACCUUUGUUGAAGUCACAUUGCUGAGUCUAAAAAAGUGCAAAUUUUUCUAGCAGCUUCUGAUUGUGUUGAAUGUGCGAGGUGGCGCAGGUUUUGGAUAGUAAUGAAGAAACACGUGCAUGAAGGAACGAAGGUGUAGAGUAAGUGUGUUAACGCAGGAAGGAGUUAGAAAUAAUAAAAAGUGCUUUGGAAAAACGUUGCAGGAGGAAAAGUGCUUUAAGUGUCGUUCGCAGCAAAUAAUGUACAGAAUUAUCCGUAUACAACCUUUAUAUGUAUGUUUACUGUAUGUCACUUGUUCACACACACACACACACACACACACACACACACACACACAAGAAUGAUGAGAAAUGUCUUUAAUCUCACACAAACGAUCUCAACAUGUAGCUGUGUACAGAAGUCAGUGUAACACUAAUUUGUAGUUCUCCAAAAGUUCUAGAAACUCCUUUUCCUGACUGUGGCUUCCACUACACACCAAACUAUAAUACCAAUACUAAUCAAUCCUUUACUGUUUUAAUCAGUCACUUAUUCACCAGGUUCAGAGUUGGUGCUGUUCUGGAAAUUUCUGGAAUUUCUCAAGCAUCUCAGACUCCAUAUGAAUCGCAAACUCCGUAAAUAUAUGAACAUUAACACACUGUGCUGCUCAAUAAAACAGCUGGGAGAACAAUAAAACUGCUAUGGGUGAUGAUGAGGAAGAUAAAUCAGAUUUUUGUUCCUCUGAUGUACUUAUGGAGAUCAGUGCAUUUACUCAGUAAAUGUUGUGGGUAUUAGGGUCUUGUAUAUGUGUGGGGGACUCUUAAUUUCAGCUCCUAUAUUGCUGAUGGUUUGAUGGAUCUUAUUGUAAAGGGGCCAACCUAAUGUGUAUUUUAUCAAAGGUUCAAUAAAUGCAAACUCCACUUUUCAAACUGA